AUGGCAAGAAGAUAUUGGGACAUCAAUUUGGAAGAGAUGAUGGGAGCAGGGGUUCAUUUUGGUCAUGGUACUAGGAAAUGGAAUCCUAGAAUGGCACCUUAUAUCUCUGGAAAGCGUAAAGGCAUUCACAUUACAAAUCUUACUAGAACGGCUCGUCCUUUAUCAGAAGCCUGCGAUUUAGUUUUUGAUGCAGCAAGUAGAGGAAAGCACUUCUUAAUAGUAGGUACGAAAGAUAAAGCAGCCGAUUCAGUAGCAUCAGCUGCAAUACGGGCUCGGUGUCAUUAUGUCAAUAAAAAAUGGCUUGGUGGUAUGUCAACGAAUUGGUCCACUACAGAAACAAGACUUCAUAAGUUCAGGGACUUGAGAGCAGAACAAAAGAUGGGUCGAUUUAAGCGUCUCCCGAAAAGAGAUGCGGCAAUGUUGAAGAGACAAUUAUCUCACUUGCAAACAUAUCUGGGCGGGAUCAAAUAUAUGACGGGGUUACCCGAUAUUGUAAUCAUCGUGGAUCACCAAGAAGAAUAUACGGCUAUUAGAGAAUGCCUCACUUUGGGUAUUCCGACGAUUUGUUUAAUCGAUACAAAUUGUGAUCCGGAUCUCGCAGAUAUUCCGAUUCCAGCCAACGAUGACGCUAUAGCUUCAAUCCAAUUGAUUCUUAACAAAUUAGUAUUGGCAAUUCGUGAGGGUCAUUAUAGCUAUCUAGGAAGUCAUUGA